ACAGAAAAUGAAGAACAGUGACAGACCUUUCACUCUGUCACGAAACCAAUGCUUCUUCUUAUUUUUGGUUCUUGGAGUUGUGGUGUUUUUCUGCUGCACAAACAUAAGGAACAUGGCACCUGAUUGGAACUUUAAAUGGUUGAUGCAAAAUAAUUCAACAAACACCACUGCUGAACUUCCUGAAACUACGAGCGUCGCCACAACGCAGGAGCCACCGACUCAACGGCAGAGGACAGUUUCAUCACGGGUCACCAAGAAGGUGCUAGAAACCCAGACUGCCCAACGGACAGCGGCUCCUUAUGUGUCUCCUGGACCGUACUUGGUGGAGUACCCCUAUGAGUACCACUUUACUAUCAAUGAGGAACUGAAAUGUAGGCAGGAGAAGCCGUUUGUGGUUCUGAUCGUACAAGUGGCGCCACGCAACCGAGCUCAUCGCGACAUCAUCCGUAACAGCUGGGGAAGCGAGAAGCUGGCUAACAACCAAGUGGUGGCGCUGUUCUUCCUGCUGGGGAUGCAGACUGGAGACGAUGCAGAGCAGGUCCACCGGCAGCUGCUGCAGGAGAGCAAAGAGCAUCAGGACCUGAUCCAGGGAGACUUUGUGGACUGCUACAAGAACCUGACCAUAAAGACCAUGGUGAUGCUGGAGUGGCUGAACUCCUACUGCUCCAGCGCCGCUUACGCCAUGAAAAUCGAUUCAGACAUGUUUCUAAAUGUUCCCAAUCUGGUCAACUUGCUCCUCAAAGCUCCAAGGACAAACUACAUGACCGGCCUGGUGGCACAUGGAGGACGAGUCUCCAGGGAUCCCAAGUCCAAGUUCUACGUGCCUUUGGAUCUUAUCAGCGAAGAUGUUUACCCUCUCUAUGCUUUGGGUCUGGGCUACAUUUUGUCUUUGGAUCUCACCAAAAAGCUCAUUGAGGCUUCCAGACACGUUAAACCUCUUUAUAUUGAAGAUGUAUAUUUGGGCUUAUGUAUGAGACACCUGGGUAUCCGUCCAACAGAACCCCCAAACUGGAUCCUCUUCCGUGUUAUUCCUAUAAAAUACAGUCGCUGUGAAUACUCCAAGAUUAUCGCAACCACAACUCUGGAAAAUAUGGACCGUGUUUGGAUUUGGAGAGACUUUAAGAAACCGGGUCGGUACUGUUGAUUGGUAAAAAACAUCCUAUGCUGAUGAUUCUAUAUUCCAUGAUACUUGGAUAUUAUAAAUAAGAAUAAAGAGCUAAUCUUAGUUCAGUGCAGAAAAGAUAAAUGAAAAUUGUUCUGGGAAUUUGCCACGUGCAGGAGAAAGUUGUGGUUUUUUACCAGUAUAACCAGUUUUCAUUUGACUUUUAGUUCAAAUGAAAACCAUGAAUACAAGUCUAUUUUUCUUACUCUUGGACAUAAAAUUACAUAAAUACGAUUUCCGUAACAAAAUGUGAGAAAACAGGUAGGAAACAUGAGACUAUGUCAACUGGUUUUAUAUAACCUUUAAAUUUUGUAUUGUAUUUUGAGUGAAGAGGUAAAAAUUAUAGCGAUCACUAAAGAAUGUGUGUGAAUAAGUGCUGAUUGUGGAAGUUAUUUUUUGAAUAUAGGUGACUGUAUGUUUAACUUCAGCUAAACAUGAAUUCACAACAAAAUGCUGAGAGAUUCAGCAGUUUAGUGAGAAACGGACAUGAAGACACUCAGAUAUGUGGGUCUAAAAUAAUAAAAUAAAUAAGGAAGGACAUUAUUAAAACAACCCAAACAUUUAUAGUUUUAAACAUAAAUGUUAAAAUGCUCUCGUAUUUCAGUCAGUUUAUAAAAUGUUGCUAGUGGUUUGGUUGAAGUUGUUUUUAAAACAUCAGCAUUAUGAACAUCAUGUUCAUAAAAAUAAUUUUUUUGUUUCCACUCCAAACAUAAUGAUAUUGUCUUUUUAUAAAACCUUCUGAAAAUGUUGUGUGUGGGAUGGAGUCACCCAAAUAUUAGCCAGAUUUGAAUAAUGUGAUAUUUGAAUUAAUUCUGAACUAGAGCUAUCAAUUAGUACAAUCUGCUCGUUUAUAUUAACUAAAUUCACUUUUUCCUCAAUUAAAUCUUUUUUAUUAAAUCAGUGAAAACAUCAUCCUGUGUUGUCAGUGGCUAAAGUAAAUUGUUUCCAGUUUUUUGAAGGUUAAACUACACAGAAUUUGCCUUUUUUUUAGCAAACAUUCAGAUCUUUCAGGCUGGUCCUUGUAAAAAGCCUGAGCUGUUUACAUUGAAAAGCUGGAUGCAGUCCUGGUCUUCUCCGUUUUCACCCGACUGUAAAUGUCUCCUUCAGGUCAUGUACCUGCACAGCAUUCAGACUUUUCUGCUGGUCUUAAGGGAAAUAUUGGAUUAAUUUUUUUUAAAUAGAAUUGCUCUGUUUGAUGAAUAAUUAAUCACUCAGCUGGAUGUUAAAACACAGUGGAAAACUCAGAUAAUCUUCCCACACCUUUAAUUACUGCUUGAGUGAUGCAGACAGGUGAAAUUUUAGAUGCUGAAGAAUAAAUU